ACCCCCUCAGUCCCUCUGUGUAACCAUCCUCUCUCUUUUCCCCAUGCUCCUGUGGCCGCCUGGACCCUGCAGAGCUACCCACGGAGGAAGGGAAGUCCUUGUGGGAGCUGGUGUUGGAGCAGUUUGAGGAUCUCCUGGUGCGCAUCCUGCUGCUGGCUGCCCUGGUCUCCUUUGUCCUGGCUUGGUUCGAGGAGGGCGAGGAGACCACGACAGCCUUUGUGGAACCUCUGGUCAUCAUGCUGAUCCUUGUGGCCAAUGCAAUUGUGGGAGUCUGGCAGGAGCGUAAUGCUGAGAGUGCCAUUGAAGCCCUGAAGGAGUAUGAGCCUGAGAUGGGCAAGGUGAUCCGGUCAGAUCGCAAGGGUGUGCAGCGAGUCCGUGCCCGGGACAUCGUCCCAGGAGACAUUGUGGAAGUGGCAGUGGGAGACAAAGUGCCUGCGGACCUGCGUCUCAUUGAGAUCAAGUCUACGGCACUGCGAGUAGACCAGUCCAUCCUCACAGGUGAAUCUGUGUCUGUGACCAAGCACACGGAUGCCAUCCCAGAUCCCAGAGCCGUGAACCAGGACAAGAAGAACAUGCUGUUUUCUGGCACCAAUAUCUCAUCGGGCAAGGCUGUGGGUGUGGCAGUGGCCACAGGCCUGCAUACAGAGCUGGGCAAGAUCCGGAGCCAGAUGGCGGCUGUGGAGCCCGAAAGGACACCCUUGCAGCGCAAGCUGGAUGAGUUUGGGCGGCAGCUGUCCCAUGUCAUCUCUGUGAUUUGUGUGGCAGUGUGGGUCAUCAACAUUGGCCACUUUGCUGAUCCAGCCCAUGGCGGCUCCUGGCUCCGUGGCGCUAUCUACUACUUCAAGAUUGCCGUGGCCUUGGCUGUGGCUGCCAUCCCCGAGGGCCUCCCGGCGGUCAUCACAACAUGCCUGGCACUUGGCACACGGCGCAUGGCACACAAGAAUGCCAUCGUGCGGAGCCUGCCCUCCGUGGAGACCCUAGGCUGUACCUCGGUCAUCUGCUCUGACAAGACAGGCACACUCACCACCAAUCAGAUGUCUGUCUGCAGGAUGUUUGUGGUGGCAGAAGUGGACCCGGGCUCCUGCCGUCUGCAUGAAUUCACCAUCUCGGGUACCACAUAUACCCCAGAAGGCGAAGUGCGGCAAGGGGAGCAGCUUGUACACUGUGGGCAGUUUGACGGGCUGGUAGAGCUGGCAACCAUCUGUGCCCUGUGCAACGAUUCAGCCCUGGACUACAACGAGGCCAAAGGUGUGUAUGAGAAGGUGGGAGAGGCCACGGAGACAGCCCUGACUUGCCUGGUGGAGAAGAUGAACGUGUUCAACACUGACCUGGACACCCUGUCCCAAGUGGAGCGAGCUGGCGCCUGCAAUGCGGUAAUCAAGCAGCUCAUGAGGAAGGAGUUCACCCUCGAGUUCUCACGGGACCGGAAGUCCAUGUCUGUCUACUGCACACCUACCCGUCCCAGCCCCAAGAGCCAGGGCAGCAAGAUGUUCGUGAAGGGGGCUCCCGAGAGUGUGAUUGAGCGCUGCCGCUCAGUUCGAGUGGGGAGCCGCACAGUACCCCUGAAUGCCACCUCCAGGGAGCAGAUCCUGGCAAAGAUUCGGGACUGGGGUUCAGGCUCAGACACCCUGCGCUGCCUGGCGCUGGCAACUCGGGAUGAGCCCCCCAGGAAGGAGGACAUGCAGCUGGAUGACAGCAGCAAGUUUGUGCAGUAUGAGACAGACUUGACCUUCGUGGGCUGUGUGGGUAUGCUGGACCCACCCCGGCCGGAGGUGGCUGCUUGUAUUGCACGCUGCCGCCAGGCUGGUAUCCGAGUGGUCAUGAUCACAGGGGACAAUAAAGGUACAGCUGUGGCCAUCUGCCGCCGACUUGGCAUCUUCGGGGACAUGGAGGACGUGUUAGGCAAGGCCUACACAGGCCGUGAGUUUGAUGACCUCAGCCCUGAGCAGCAGCGUCACGCCUGCUGCACAGCCUGCUGCUUUGCUCGCGUGGAGCCCACUCACAAGUCCCGCAUUGUGGAGAACCUGCAGUCUUUCGAUGAGGUCACAGCCAUGACUGGUGAUGGGGUGAAUGAUGCCCCGGCCCUGAAGAAAGCAGAGAUUGGCAUCGCCAUGGGCUCAGGCACAGCCGUGGCCAAGUCAGCCGCAGAGAUGGUGCUGUCAGAUGACAACUUUGCCUCCAUCGUGGCUGCAGUGGAAGAGGGUCGCGCCAUCUAUAGCAACAUGAAGCAGUUCAUACGCUACCUCAUCUCCUCCAAUGUUGGCGAGGUUGUCUGCAUCUUCCUCACAGCAAUUCUGGGCCUGCCUGAAGCCCUGAUCCCCGUGCAGCUGCUCUGGGUAAACCUGGUGACUGACGGCCUACCUGCCACAGCCCUGGGCUUCAACCCACCUGACCUGGACAUCAUGGAGAAGCCACCCAGGAGCCCCCGAGAGGCCCUCAUCAGUGGCUGGCUCUUCUUCCGGUAUUUAGCUAUCGGAGUGUACGUGGGCCUGGCAACCGUGGCAGCCGCUACCUGGUGGUUCCUGUAUGAUGCUGAGGGGCCUCAUCUCACCUUCUACCAGCUGAGAAACUUCCUGAAGUGCUCUGAGGACAACCCACUCUUUGCUGGCAUCGACUGUGAGGUCUUUGAGUCUCGCUUCCCUACAACCAUGGCUCUAUCUGUGUUGGUGACCAUUGAAAUGUGCAACGCCCUCAACAGUGUCUCUGAAAACCAGUCUCUCCUUCGGAUGCCACCCUGGCUGAACCCCUGGCUCCUGGCAGCUGUGGCUGUGUCCAUGGCUCUGCACUUCCUUAUCCUGCUUGUGCCACCCCUGCCUCUUAUCUUCCAGGUGACCCCGCUGAGUGGAUACCAGUGGGGGGUGGUGCUGCAGAUAUCACUGCCUGUCAUCCUGCUUGAUGAGGCCUUCAAAUACUUGUCCAGGAACCACGUGGAUGACAAAAAAGGACCAAAAGUGAGCAUCAGGAGUGGAAAAGAACCUCUGUGUGGACCUCAGACUGAUGGUGCCCCGGCCUUUGUCCCCUCUCCCUAGCCCUGCCUCCACACUCCCCCAUCUAACCACCUGACCCUGUUGGACAUACAGGGCUGAGGCUGGAGCCACCACUGCAAGCCUAGCCCCAGCAUCCCUGUCCUCGCUUCCCUCCUCCCCCCUCAGGGUGCCAUGGCUUGCAUCUCCAAAACUCUCCUGGGAAGUUCCCUUCCUGAAGCUCCAGGCCAGAAGGUUCUUCCAAAAAGCCACAGGUGGUCCCCACAUCACAGUUGCAGAACCCCUGAACCCGUGCUAUCUCCUAGCUCAGCUGGGCAUUUGCUUGAUAACCUGUGGCUGGGCUUUACAUGUUUUCUUAAGAGCCUGGACUUUUAUAAGCUCUGACCUCUGGUCUUGGAGUCUGUUUGACCAGGGAAGCAGGAGGAGGGAUCAGAGGAAGCCAUCUGGGCCCAGCUGUGUAGUUGGGCCUACAACUCCUCCCCCUCCCCAACUUGGCCCUACCCCAUAGAGGACUCAGGAGAGACAGAGCCUGUUUCUGUUUAUAUAAACACAGGCCCCAGGGACUUGAGGGGUUAGAGGGAAGAGCACAAGAAUGGAGGAGGGGCUAGGUAGGACUGUCCUGGGGUGGGGGAACCCCAACAGUCUGUCUGACUUCCAACUACAUCUUCAGCCCUCAGCUCGUUUCCCAAGUUCAAGUUUCACUGCCCCAAACACACAGCACUGUGUCCAUCUGUCCAGAAGAGGCCAGACAUGUCCUCGGUACAGAAGACCCUAGAGGCUUUUGUGUCUCUGACCAAGGCAGUGUGCGGCAAUCUCUGUCUGGCUGGGAGAUUCCGCAGCCUCAGGAGUCACUGCGCCCAUCUCUUCCCGCAAGCUCAAGGGCCAGAAGGAGAUCACCAGGAUGGCUGUUCCCCAGCGUACUUCCUCCCUUUUUCCCUCCCUCCCUCCAGCUGGGGGACCUAGCAUUUGCUUGUGGAUGUCAGGUGGGAGGAAGAUAGCACUUAGGGGACACAUUUGUUGUUUUUUUCUCUCUUAACUACUUUUCUUUUCUCCUUUGACAAAAGCUAGGCAUAGCAGAACCCAGCAGAUACCUGUGUGUCUUUGCUCUUCUUGAGCAUGUACAAAGUGAUUAUUUUAUAUGUAAAUCAAGACUUACAUCCUGUUCCUGAUCCUCAGACAGACAAAUGGGCCCUGCCUGCUAGGCUUCCUCCCCUCUAAAGUUCUGGAAGGCCUAAGAGAGAAGAGUUGGGGGUAUCUUGGCAGGGACCAGGCCUUGUACACAUUGCUGACAUGCUGUCUGGCAGAGAAAUAAAGGUUGUGUGCCUGGGGGGUGGAGUA